AUGUCGCAGAUCCAGGGCCAAGACACCACGGCGCCGGCCGCCACGGGUGUCUCGCCGCCGACGGUGAUUGUCAUUGGGGCGGGCAUCAUCGGCCUGACUUGCGCAAUCAAGCUUCAGGCUGCGCUAGCCGAGCACCCCGACCUGCGCGGCACCGAGGUUAUGGUCGUGGCGCGGGAAUGGCCGGACUCGGUCGCCGGCGCAGCCUCGACUCACUCGGUCGACUAUGCCUCCAUGUGGGCGGGGGCGCACGUGCGACCCAUUCCCGCCGUAUCGGAUCAGCUGCGACGCGAGGCCGGGUGGCUCAAGCAGACCGUGGCCGAGUUCGACCGGCAGGCGGACGCUGAGCCGUGGUGCGGCAUCACGCGGACCACGGGGGUCGAGUUUCUCGACGAGCCGGAUGAGUACUACGGGAUACGAGGCAUGUCUGGCUUGCAGCAGGAGUCCGGCUUGCGUGGUUGGCGGACCCUCCCGCCGUCUGAGCUUCCAAGCGGAGUGCAAAUGGGCUUGGAGUACGAAACCUUUUGCAUCAACGCCCCAAUGUACUGCGAGCACCUGCUGCGGAAGUUUGUACUUGAUGGGGGAAAGACGAUGCGCAAGGAGUUGAAGAGCGAAUUGGAGGCCUAUACUUUACUCGAAAGAGCGCUGCUGGUUGUGGAUGCGAGCGGUGUUGGGUUCGGAGAUCCCAAAUGCUUUCCGACGAGAGGGCAAACAGUGUUGACGAACUUGUCGGUGGCCAGGACGGUGACCAGACGGCACAGUGAUGGGUCGUGGUCAUUUCUCAUCCCCCGGUUCUUCAACGGUGGUACCAUCGUAGGCGGAACAAGAGAGCCCCAAGACUGGCGCUCCGAGCCGGACCUGUCGACGCGGACCCGUGUGCUAGCCGCUGGGCUCGCCCUCGAGCCGUAUGCGCAGCCGAUGGCUUUGCAAGACGAGGCGAAAGGGACGGAUAGCGUCAUGGUUAUAUCCGACGUCGUAGGCCGCAGGCCCACGCGACGGGGGGGUAGGACGGGCUGGGUCAUUCAUGCGUAUGGCGCGGGGGCGCGUGGGUAUGAGAUUAGUUGGGGGUUGGCAGAGGAGGCGGUAGAAAUGGCAAUGGCACUGCUCUAG